AUGCCCCCUCAGUCUGUCGCCAUCUUCCGCUGUGCGGAGAACACCUUGAGAGCCCGUGUGCGAGUGUGUUUGGGGGGGAGUGGGGCGGAGAAAGAGCCACGAAGAGGAGGAGGGAGCGGGACUGGGGCCCCGACUGCGCCUGCGCCUCAGGACUUACGCCCCCCCCCCCCGCCCGCCACCCCCCAGCCGGCCGCAGCCUGUGCUGUUUGGGGAUGUUUCCAGUCCACCCCCAACUCCAUUCACUUCAGCGCCUCCGUUCAUCCGCCCGCUCUCCGCGUGCACACGCCGCACGCUGAGUCCCAGGCCCCGGCGCUCCCCCUCCCCCGCAGACCCGGGCCCCCGCCUUCGUCCCCGUAG